AUGUCUCGCAUGUCGCGCGCCGUGGCUCAAGCCACCACUCUCAUCCUCUUCACUAUCAUCCUCUCGCACCUGGCUAUCGCCGUCCCAAUGCCACAGGGCACCCCGACGCCGUCGACCACCACACCCACCCCUACCACCCCGAGCCCCUCGGCCUCCCCCUCCACAUCCAGCAAGCCUGUGGGGUGGAAACACAUGUCUCCAGGGGACAAGGCGGGACUUAUCAUCGGGUGGAUCGCCAUGUCCAUCCCGGCACUGAUAAUCGGCGGAUACAUCGUCUUCGGCAUCGUCGGACUCCUUUUCAUCAUCGGCAAGUGGCUCUGGGAAUGCGUCCAACCGCUCGCCAAGGGAACAGUCAAGUUAGUCGGCUCGAUCUCCGCUUGGUGUAAGACGGGAUCCGUGUCCGCCUGGAACGGCAUCAAGUCCGGCGUGUCGGCCACCAGGGCGGCAGUCACGAACGGCACCAACGCCACCCGUCGGUGGGCGGCGAAUCGCGCCACGUCCAUGGCGGACUCGAUGCGCCGCCCGCCUCCGCCCAAACCACAGGACAUUGAGAUGACGCCGACCGAGGCGGCGACGGAAGCCGCAAUCGACAAGAAGCUCGCCGAGGUCAUGGCCGAGGUCGAGACAAACCGUAAGGGCAAGCGCAAGGCCGACAGCGACCACGAAUCGACCAUCGCGCCGAGCUACCGCACAAAGGACGACGUGCCCGACUACCCCGAGUCGAGCCGCUCCCACGUCGACGAGGCGCCGGCGUAUCCCGCUUCCGAGUCCGAGUCCAGCGCCAGCUCUGAGGGCGGGUACGACUUUGUCGACGCGCCCACCGACGCCUCGGGCUCGGGAUCGGGUGGUAAUCCUUUCGAGGAGGCCGAUAUCGCCACUGGCAAGUGA